AUGUCAAAUACACCCACACUCCCACCUGGCUACACCCUCCGCCAAGGCUACCCCUCGGUACGGGAUUACAUCCACCUCCGCUCCGCCUCGGGUCUAUCACCCCACAGCGCCGCCCAAGCAGAGGCCGCAAUGCGUGGCAGCUGGUAUGGGUGCUACAUUACGUACAACGGGACCUCUGAGCCAGAAAACGCGGAUGCUGACAUAUCCCGCUCAAAUGAUACCACAGACGAAGUCACAGUCGGCAUGGGUCGUGUCAUCGGCGACGGAGGCUGGUAUUUCCACAUUGCCGAUAUGGCCGUGCUGCCGGAGCACCAGCGCAAGGGACUGGGCGAUGUGAUUUUGAAAGACCUCAUGAGCAGAAUUCGUUCGCUGGCACCUCCGCCUGAAAGAGCGCCCGAUGGGAGGCUGAUGGGUACCUAUGUCAGCUUGUUUGCUGAUGUGGCGGGUCGCAAAUUGUAUGCUAGGAAUGGGUUUGUCGAUUCGAUGCCGCAUUCUAUGGGUAUGGUGCAAUUGUUGGACAGGGAGUCUGCUUAG